AUUAUUAUAUUCUAAAAGAUUAGAUGAAAUGUAUUCUGUGUACAAGUGUCUGUCCACUGGUCCCAUCCGGGGAACGCUGUGCUCUCCACCUGUUGCAUCCCCGCCUCGUUAACUCUGUCGUGUUGACGUCGUGACAAGCAGACCGACACUUCUGCCCGUUGACUGCGCAGGAAAGACUCAAACUCUCGGGAUAUCAAGACUGGAAUCGGGAAAACAUGUGAAAGGGGGAAUCUUGAGUUGUGAUGAAGUAGGAAAGGUUGGAAGGAAAGGCUAUGAUAGAGGAAAAGAUGGCGAACAACUCAACUUUAGACAGCGUGUUUUCUAACAGAACAGGACAGAACUCAUCUCAACCAUCUCCGUUCACUGAAAUCCGGGAGAAUCCACUGAAGACGUAUCUCCUGGGAAUCAUCAUUUCAAUAUGUGGGAACUUCCUCAUCAGCAUUUCUCUGAAUAUACAGAAAUAUGCCCACAUGCGUCAGUCCCAGCUCGGCGCCUCCAGGCCCUACUACACGUCGGUGCUGUGGUGGAGUGGAGUGGUUCUGAUGGGGGUAGGGGAGCUGGGGAACUUCGCAGCCUACGGCUUCGCUCCGGCCUCCCUCAUCGCACCCCUGGGCUGUGUUUCAGUCAUAGCCAGUGCAGUCAUCUCUGUGGUGUUCCUUAAAGAGACGCUACGAGCCUCUGAUAUUGUUGGUGGAGCUCUAGCAGUGUUGGGGACCUAUCUCCUGGUCACCUUCGCCCCUCACACCUCCACCCACAUCACCGCCCACCUGGUGCAACGAUACGCCGUCAGCUGGCAGUUCCUGAUUUACCUGGUAUGUACCCUAACCCACACCUGGUAUGUACCCUAACCCGCACCUGGUAUGUACCCUAACCCGCACCUGGUAUGUACCCUAACCCGCACCUGGUAUGUACCCUGACCCGCACCUGGUAUGUAC